CAAAAUGGCGGCAACGAAACUUUUUUUUUUCUUUUAAUGAGUUGCCAAUUCAGCUAUUUUUUAUAGAUUUAGUAGAUUUAUGAACAAUCUAGCUUAAAAAAUCAAACAAUUCUAAUGGAAACAAUAUGAUUUGGUUAUUUUUAUUAAAAUGUCUAGCUGUAAAUUUGAAUUUUGAGUUGGCAACACUACUUUUAAUUAAUGUAUAUCAGUUGCUGAUUGGAUAUCGUUUGAAUAUUUUACGUACUGUUGUGACAAAACGUCUUACGCAUUGCUAUCUGAUCUGGUUCAUCUGUCUUUUAAUAUUAUUAUUCAAGGUUUGUGUUUUUCUACAUUCUUAAAUUAUAAUGGCACGGAAACAAACGAGGUUUAAUCUCCAAUGGCUGGAUCCAGCUAUUCAUCCAGAAUUCAAUUCCUGGUUAGGAACUGUAAAAGAUGAUGAUACAAAAGCAUUUUGCUGCAUUUGUUGUAAAGUUUUCUCAUUAAGUAAUAUGGGAAAGCGUGCAUUAGUAUCACAUGCAAAUAGUUCUAGUCAUGUUGAAAUAAAAAGAUUGAAGUCGGAACAAACUUCACUGAUAAGGUUUUUACUCCAACUUCUAAUUUCUAAUCUAGGUUCUUCUAAUAGUCAACAAAAUGUGUGUGAAAUGGCUUCUGUUGUGGAAGAUAUAUCUAAGAUCACUAAUGAACAGUCUCUCACAAAAUCAACAUUUUUUAGCAGCACUUUGACACCUUUUGUGAUAAAAGAUGAUGUAAUAAAAGCAGAGAUAACUUGGACAUUGGCAGUUGUAAAGAAAAAGAUGUCACUCAAUUCAUGCUCUGAUAUUAAAAACAUUUUCAAAAAAAUGUUCCCUGACAGUCCUAUAGCCACACAAUUUCAAUUGGGUCCAGAUAAAGCUUCCUAUAUAAUAAAUUAUGGCAUAGCCCAUUAUUUCAGAGAAAAAUUGAUUAAUGCUGUUACAAGUUGCAAUAAUAUUACUAUCUCCUUUGACAAAUCACUAAACAAAGUUGCUCAAAGAACUCAAAUGGAUCUUGUGAUAAAAUACUGGGACAAGAGUAAAGAUAAGGUUAUGACCAGAUAUUUAAAUAGUGUCUUUAUGGAUCACAGUAUAGCAGAUGAUCUCUCUGCAUUUCUCAAUGGCCUUUCAGACAUUCGUCUUGAUCUUGCAAAAAUUCUUCAUAUCUGUAUGGACGGACCAAAUGUAAACAUAAGUUUUCUGAAUAAAUCAGAAGAUCACAUGGAGAGACAGAAUGUUAGUAAAUCAUUUGUGAGAAUGGGAACAUGUGGUUUACAUGUAGUCCAUGCAGGGGCGCCGCUAGCUGUGUGAACGCCCGUGUGCAAUACCGAUUAUGCCGCCCCCUGUUUAACUACGAUUACCUAUGCUGAGCUUGCCAGAAAGGCUCUUUGCCGCCCCCUUGACGUGCCGCCCGCGUGCGGUGCACGCCUUGCACACCCGCUUACGGCGGCCCUGAGUCCAUGGUGCUGUAAAAGCUGGUUUUAAAGUAGAAGAUUGGAAUUUGUUACCACUGCUAUGGAAUUUGUACUAUUUGCUAAAAGACUCACCCACUCGGCAUGCUGAAUUUAUUACUAUAAGUGGAAGCAGAUUAUUUUCCAAAAAGUUUGGUUCAACAAGGUGGUUGGAUAAUGGAGAGUGCUUAGAACGUGCAACAGAAGUUGUUGAAUCUGUGAAGACAUACAUAAACAACAGUACAAAGUUGAAAGACAGCAAUAUAGCUACAUUCUUG